AUGCAAGAAAACGGCGAGGUCUGGCACGAGAACGCGUCGGAUUUGCUUGACGAGGAGGCCUUGGCCGAUGAUCAGGAUGAAGAGGAGGAUGAUCUGUUAAAUGAUUCGAGUGACCGAUCAAGCCUUAGCAGUCAACCAAAGGGUUCACCACAUAAUCGUCUGAUUCCCAACGUGUUUGGUGACAGUGACCCAUUUAUAGAACACCGCCACGAUGUUCGAGAGGAUGGCCAGGACAUGCCAUUUGAUGACCCAGCUAUGGGCCCGAAGCCCGUCCAUCUCAUGGAUUUUCCACAUGCUGUGGAUCAAAUGCCUGAGUGUACUUUGCCGCCAGUGUCGGGAAUGCUGCAAACUGAGGCUCAUCCAGAAGAAGCCAUGAGGAACAGUCCUUGGCUUGAUAAAUCUUGCCGCUUCAAGCAACAGAUUUAUUUGGCAGAUGAAGACACGUUGAUUCGAAUCUCUGGUUAUCGUACUCGACCCGGGCGUUAUGUAUUGUAUGUUUUGGCGUGUGUCUUGUCUUUUGGUUUGGUCGCUCUUUUGUGUUUAUGGUUUCCUCGAACACGUCUUCGCUAUGUCUUUGAAGAAGCAGAGUUUUCCGAUGCAGAGUUUGUGAUCGUUGAAAAUCAGUGGGGUGACUUGAGUCAAGAGUCGUUCAUUAGUGUGCCAUUCGCACGUCCACUCAAGUCUGUUUUUCCUCCUACCUCUCGAGAGCCACCCUGUACUCAUGCGCAGGCCCAAAGCAUGCUGUACGAGGAUACCGACGAGAAUGGGAACAGUGGUGAUGGAGAGGACAUGGUGGAUUUGGUCAUGUUCGAAUAUCGCUACACACGCUUCUUACUCCAUCCUCCCUCGGGUCGCUUCCGCACAAUUCGAGACUGGCGUGAUGCCGCUUGGACAUCGACAGAUGUGAUGCGACAAGGUAUCAGCUCAGAUUUGGAGCGUGAACGACAAAUAUUUUUUGGAUCAAAUGUUAUCGAAAUUGCAGACAAAUCGACGCUGGAUUUGUUGGUGAGCGAAGUCUUACAUCCAUUUUACAUUUUCCAAAUUGUUUCUAUCAUUCUUUGGAGCUUGGAUGAUUAUUAUUAUUACGCAUUUUGUAUUGCAGCCAUUUCGGUGGGAAGUAUUCUCUCAACUUUGAUUGAAACGAAGAAGACUAUUGCACGUAUGCGAGAAAUGAACAGAUUUGUCUGCACUGUGCGUGUGUUGCAUAAUAAUCAAUGGGUCAACCUGGACAGCAGUAACCUUGUUCCCGGUGAUAUAUUUGAUGCGGCUGAUCCCAACUUGACGAUGAUUCCUGCUGACAGUAUUCUUCUUAGUGGUGAUGCGAUCGUAAAUGAAAGCAUGCUUACUGGAGAAAGCGUUCCUAUCAGUAAGCAGCCACUAUCCGAGCAGGACGUGGAUCUUAUACAGUCCACCCGCACAGAUCUUUCGUCCCACCUUGCAAAGCACUUUUUGUUCUCUGGAACAAAAAUUAUUAGAACACGACCUGCAGUAAGUGGGCCUGAUCCAGGAGAUAUUUCUGCCAAGGCAAUGGUCGUCUGCACAGGUUUCCACACUACAAAGGGAUCUUUGGUUCGCGGCAUGCUCUUCCCUAAGCCCAUGGGAUUCAAAUUCUAUCGCGAUUCUUUCCGGUUCAUUGGGUUUUUAGCAGCGAUUGCGUUUGUGGGGUUAUGCUUUAAUACAGUAAAUUUCAUUCAAAUUGGGAUUUCUUGGAAGACGCUGGCAAUUCGUGUACUGGACUUGGUGACUGUCGUGGUGCCACCGGCUUUACCAGCUACUAUGAGUAUUGGUACAGCAUUCGCAAUUGUACGUUUACGAAGGCUUGGUAUAUUUUGUAUUUCUCCUACGCGUGUAAACAUGGGUGGGAAAGUGAAUGUCGUUUGUUUCGAUAAGACAGGCACGCUUACUGAAGAUGGACUGGAUGUACUUGGCGCUCGAACUGUGGAUCCAAACACAGAUCAAUUUAGUGAGCUACAUCAAACUGCAGAAGAAAUACCAGCUCAGAGUACUUCGCCGGAAAAUCCUUUAUCGUUAUUGCAUGCACUGACGACUUGCCACAGCUUGAAAGUGGUCGAUGGUGAAGUCAUUGGAGAUCCGCUGGACGUGAAAAUGUUCGAAUAUACCGGAUGGACGAUUGAUGAAGGUGACGGCAUAGACUCACUUGCUGUGGCGAAAGGAUAUGAUCGUUCUCCGGCGCUUGUGCAGACGGUGGUCCGACCUCGUGAUGGCCCCGUUUUUGAUGCUCAGGAUGUGAUCCGUGAUCCUAAUGCUGAAGAAGUGCUGGAGCUUGGUGUCAUUCGAACAUUUGAGUUCGUGUCUGCCUUGCGCCGAAUGAGUGUCAUUGUCAAACAACUGCAUUCGACCUCUAUGGAGGUAUUUGUCAAAGGAGCGCCAGAGUCUCUCCUCGAGAUAUGUGACCGUAAUUCCCUUCCGCAUGAUUUUGACGAUUUGCUCUCUUAUUACACUCAUCAUGGAUUCCGGGUUGUUGCUUGUGCAGGGAAAUCUUUGCCUGGAUUAAACUGGGUCGAAGCUCAGCGAAUGCCGAGAGAACGGGCUGAAAGUGAGCUCCAGUUUUUGGGUUUGAUUGUCUUUGAGAAUAAGUUGAAGCCUGGAUCAUUGCCUGCUAUUACCACUCUUCGACAUGCCCACAUCGGCUGCAAGAUGGUGACGGGAGACAAUCCCCGCACUGCGGUAAGUGUCGCGCGAGAGUGUGGCAUUUUGGGAGCCUCAUCAACUGUAUUUCUUCCAUCAUUUGCGCAAGGAUCACCUGAACAGCCUAACGAUGUUAUCCUCACAUGGACUAGCACGGAUGACGAUGCGAUGAAGCUAAAUCCGGACACUCUGAAACCAAUUAAUCCGGACCCUAUGCACAUCGACUUGGGUGAGCACAAUAUCCUCGACUAUGAGCUAGUUAUUACGGGUGAUGUCUUCCGAUGGAUGGUCGAUUAUGCCCCUAUCGAUCUCGUACGACGCAUGUUAAUAAAAGGCACAAUUUUUGCACGAAUGUCGCCUGAUGAAAAACAUGAUUUGGUCGAUCGCUUACAGGACUUGGGCUACACGGUGGGUAUGUGCGGUGAUGGGGCCAAUGACUGUGGUGCUUUGAAAGCUGCCGACAUUGGUAUCUCGCUGUCGGAAGCAGAAGCAAGUGUUGCUGCUCCAUUUACAUCGCAGAGACCUGACAUUUCUUGUGUUAUUGAAGUAAUCAAAGAGGGUCGAGCAGCGCUUGUCACAAGCUUUAGCUGUUUCAAAUACAUGGCACUGUACAGUUUGAUCCAGUUCACCAGUAUUACCAUAUUAUACAACCUUGCAAGCUCACUCGGCGAUUUUCAAUUCUUGUACAUUGAUUUGUUCAUUAUUCUUCCUGUGGCUGUGGCUAUGGCAAGGACCCUGCCUUACCCUAUCCUCCAUACCAAGCGCCCAACUGCGAACCUUUUGUCUAAGAAGGUGUUAUUGUCGAUGAUUGGCCAAGUAAUAAUCUGUUCUGCAUUCCAGGCUUUUACAUUUUAUCUAACGCGACGCCAACCCUGGUAUACCCCGCCGAAAAUGGAUCCUGAUCAACUCAAUGUGGUGAAUGCAGAGAAUUCGGCUAUUUUCUUGGUGUCAUCAUUCCAAUACAUUACAGUUGCAGCUGUAUUCAGCGUUGGACCGCCUUUCCGGCAACCAAUUUAUACAAAUCCCAUGCUUCUGACUUCUCUUACGAUAUUGACCUGUUUCUCUUUGUUCUUCUUAUUUGUAAAGCAGGGCUUCUUUUUCGAUCUGCUGGGGCUAGUGGAAUUUCCAGCGUCUUUCCAUUGGAAGCUCUUGGUCAUUGUGGUAUUGAACACAGUCGCAUGUUUCGUUUUUGAGUCGCACCUUAUGGGACCGGCGUUGCAGUUUGUAAAAUUCAUCCAACGCGUGCUUUAUCAUCGCGGCCGAAAACACGAAAGGACGCGAAAAGUUGGUCAGAAGACAUACAAAGCGGUGCUCAUGUCACUUAAUGACCCAACUGAGGCAUAA